CCGAUGUUCAUGUUCUCGCCGUGCUGCUCUCGUAAAGAAGCAGUUGAUGAAGCAGAUGAGCCAGGAUCUACCUUUUUUAUUUAACAGGGAAUGAAAGUAUACACUGCUAACUAACGCACGAAAACCUAGCGCUCAUCAAGUUAUUUCUACCACAAAGCACACGUAAAGAAAGAAAAUAACUGAGAAAGCGGACACAAUUUUGACAGAGUAAUUUCAGGUGGUGUUGGUGUGAUCUCCCUGUGUAGCUGAGGAGCUGCCAUGCCAUUUGGCUGUUUGACACUCGGGGAGAAGAAGGAUUACAACAAUCCCUCAGAGGUGACUGAUAAAUAUGACCUGGGACAAAUUGUCAAAUCGGAGGAGUUCUGUGAGAUCUUCAGAGCAAAGGACAAGAACACACUCAAAAUGUUCACCUGUAAAAAGUUUCUGAAAAAGGAUGGGAGGAAAGUGAGAAAAGCUGCCAAGAAUGAGAUCCUGAUCUUGAAGAUGGUUAAACAUCAUAACAUCCUCCAGCUGGUUGAUGUCUUUGAAACUAGGAAGGAAUACUUCCUCUUCCUGGAGCUAGCUACAGGCAGAGAGGUCUUUGACUGGAUCUUAGACCAAGGCUACUACUCGGAGAGGGACACCAGCAACGUUGUCAGACAGGUGUUGGAAGCCGUGGCCUAUCUGCACUCCCAGAGAAUCGUCCACAGGAACCUCAAGCUGGAGAACUUGGUGUACUUCAAUCGCCUGAAGCACUCCAAAAUAGUAAUCAGUGACUUCCACCUGGCCAAGCUGGAGAACGGACUCAUCAAGGACCCCUGUGGAACGCCAGAGUACCUUGCUCCUGAGGUGGUGGGACGUCAGAGGUAUGGAAGGCCAGUGGACUGCUGGGCCAUCGGGGUCAUUGUGUAUAUUCUCCUGUCUGGAAACCCCCCUUUCUAUGACGAAAUGGAAGAUGACGACUAUGAUAAUCACGACAAGAAUCUUUUCCUCAAGAUUCUGUCAGGAGACUAUGAGUUUGACUCACCGUACUGGGAUGAUAUCUCUGACUCAGCGAAAAGCCUGGUGGCAAGUCUGAUGGAAGUGGAGCAGGAUCAAAGACUGACUGCACAGGAGGCCAUCAACCAUGAAUGGAUUUCUGGGAAUGCAGCGUCCAAUAAGAACAUCAGGGAUGGAGUGUGUGGGCAAAUUGAAAAGAACUUUGCCAAAGCCAAGUGGAAGAAAGCUGUACGGGUCACAACAAUGAUGAAGAGGCUUCGAGCUCCAGAACAGAGGGACUCAGGGGCCUCCAGCCCGGUUCCAGGGGGCUCUACAUGCCCUGUCACCUCCAGCAACUCUCCAGUACCCUCAGCUGAUGCUCCUGAGGGCACCCCUGUCAGCACAGAGGCCUCUGUCACCCUCCAGGUCCCUGACUCACAGAAUUCACCCGCCAUCAUCACUCCUGAUGAGCCAGAGGCAGAUCCCCUGCAACGGUGUAAUGGGGACGCCGCAGUGCCCCUCCAAACACCCCAACAAACACAGGACGAUCAGAAUGGCUAGACAGAGCAGCACCAGUACAACCCCACCACACACACCCUGUCAAUAACACUCCGCCCCACCCUCCUUCUUGCAGCAUUAGUGCAGCAACAUCUCACUCGGUCUGUUAUAUCUGUGAUUGUUUGAGAUGGUCUGUCUGUCUUAAGCAUUGUUUUCUCUCACUAUUUUCCCCUCCAGUUUUAAGGAUACUCAUCCUUUUGAAAAUGGUUCAAAGCGUGUGAGGAAUACUAAUUAUUUUGAGCAGGUCUAGGAAAUGUCUCAGUCUCAAACUUUCUCUUCAAUUAAUUACUUUUAAUUUCAUGGAAAUCUCAAUUCUAUAAAUGUAUCUGUUUGAAUCUGAAUCACACCUUUUAGUGCAGUUCUUAAGACACCUACAGUACAUGUUUGUAAUGUCCUGCCUCCUUGGUUCCAUCUCUUAGAGAGGCAAUUUCUAAAUCUGUUUGCUACUGUACCCUAGUCGAUAUGUUAGUGAGAAAUUAUCCUCAAAGCAACUAAUAACUGCAUAUUUUGUCUUUAUACUCCCAUUUAUGAAAAGACGAAAGAAACCUGUGAGAACGUCUGUCUGGUUGAUUCAUGGUCCCAAUAAAAUAAUGUACAGGCCUUUAUUAAGAUUUUGCAAAUAGUAGCUUAUGUUGUAUGUAAUUAGUUUAAGGUAGUGUCAAGCCUGUUACACGGUGUGGUAUCUAUGUUUUAAGCAUCUUUUAGCUGAGCUGAAGGGUUGCCAAAGUAUUAUGUAAAUCUAUCAAUUGAGCAAUAUUGGUAUUGCUAUAUAAAACUGACUGUUUUGAAUCACUUUAAUUGUGACUGAUCAGUAUGAGUUUGUUCUCCCAUAUGCCAUGACCAGCUAGGGACAGUAGAAAAUAUUUGUAAUUUACAGAUUAUACACUUGACAUAUUGUUUUUUCCUCUUUUCCCAUGAAUACCUGUAAAGCUGAAAAAUAUAUUCUUAAUUUACUUAUUCAUAUCAUGGGAACCACCACAUAAGUAUGUGACAGAACAAAGCAAUGAUUUUAUCAAGCCUCACACAUUUACAAGUGUGCUACAAGGUUAACGUAUGCUAUUAGUAUGUGUUCAUUUAGCGACAACAUUUUCUUGUAUUUUGAGUAACGUCCCUCAUAUUUUGUCUCUGUAUUCCUUGACUGAAAUCUAUAAUAAAAUG